AUGGGUGGAACUAAAGCAUCGCUUGAUGUUAUCAACGAAUGCGAUGCUGCCCCGUGUAAGAACGGCGCCAAAUGCUAUCCUUAUACGACCGGGGGUUACUCGUGCGCAUGCGCACCGGGGUGGCAAGGCUCCACCUGUGAAAAGGAUAUCAACGAAUGCGAUGCUGCCCCGUGUAAGAACGGCGCCACGUGCACGAACCUUCAGAAUGCGUACUCGUGCACUUGUGUACCUGGCUGGCAGGGAACUAACUGUGACAAGGAUGUCGACGAAUGUGCCCCUAUCCCUUGUAAGAACGGUGCGACGUGCAGUAAUCUUCUGAACGAUUAUUCGUGCAAGUGUGCACCGGGCUGGCAAGGAAAAAACUGCGACCAGGAUAUCAACGAAUGCACGCCCGCCCCGUGUAAGAACGGCGCCACGUGCACUAAUCUUCAGAACGCGUACUCCUGCGCAUGCUCAUCAGGCUGGCAAGGCAUCAACUGUGAUCAGGAUAUCAACGAAUGCGCGCCCGCCCCGUGUAAGAACGGUGCCACGUGUAACAACCUUCAGAAUGCGUACUCGUGCACUUGUGUACCUGGCUGGCAGGGAACUAACUGUGAUCAGGAUAUUAACGAAUGCACGCCCGCUCCAUGCAAGAACGGCGCCACGUGCACUAAUCUUCAGAACGCGUACUCAUGCGCAUGCUCACCGGGCUGGCAAGGCAUCAACUGUGAUCAGGAUAUCAACGAAUGCGCGCCCGCCCCGUGUAAGAACGGUGCCACGUGUAACAACCUUCAGAAUGCGUACUCGUGCACUUGUGUACCUGGCUGGCAGGGAACUAACUGUGAUCAGGAUGUCAACGAAUGUGCCCCAAGCCCUUGUAAAAACGGAGCGACGUGCAGCAAUCUUCUGAACGCGUAUUCGUGCAAGUGUGCGGCGGGCUGGGAGGGUAAUAACUGUGAUCAGGAUAUUAACGAAUGCACGCCUGCUCCAUGCAAGAACGGCGCCACGUGCACUAAUCUUCAGAACGCGUACUCAUGCGCAUGCUCACCGGGCUGGCAAGGCAUUAACUGUGAUCAGGAUAUCAACGAAUGCGCGCCCGCCCCGUGUAAGAACGGUGCCACGUGUAACAACCUUCAGAAUGCGUACUCGUGCACUUGUGUACCUGGCUGGCAGGGAACUAACUGUGAUCAGGAUAUUAACGAAUGCACGCCCGCUCCAUGCAAGAACGGCGCCACGUGCACUAAUCUUCAGAACGCGUACUCAUGCGCAUGCUCACCGGGCUGGCAAGGCAUCAACUGUGAUCAGGAUAUCAACGAAUGCGCGCCCGCCCCGUGUAAGAACGGUGCCACGUGUAACAACCUUCAGAAUGCGUACUCGUGCACUUGUGUACCUGGCUGGCAGGGAACUAACUGUGAUCAGGAUGUCAACGAAUGUGCCCCAAGCCCUUGUAAAAACGGAGCGACGUGCAGCAAUCUUCUGAACGCGUAUUCGUGCAAGUGUGCGGCGGGCUGGGAGGGUAAUAACUGUGAUCAGGAUAUUAACGAAUGCACGCCUGCUCCAUGCAAGAACGGCGCCACGUGCACUAAUCUUCAGAACGCGUACUCAUGCGCAUGCUCACCGGGCUGGCAAGGCAUCAACUGUGAUCAGGAUAUCAACGAAUGCGCGCCCGCCCCGUGUAAGAACGGUGCCACGUGUAACAACCUUCAGAAUGCGUACUCGUGCACUUGUGUACCUGGCUGGCAGGGAACUAACUGUGAUCAGGAGAGUGCUCGAUCUUCUCUGAGCCAUUAG